AUGUGGUCAAGUGCAGUAAAACACAUGUCAAAGCAACAAAUGAUGUCGACAUCUCGUGCAACUCUUUUCUCAUCAUCCACAAUACAGAACCCAAUUUCAGCAUGGAUGAAAGGAGAAAGUCAUGUGUUUUCGACAAGACACGGCAUGCUAGAAUCAUUCCGAGCCUUUCACUAUGCUGCCACCACUUGGUCACUACAAGGAGGAGGAGCAACAAAAGUUUUAUUGAACAAUUCUGGAAAAAAGGGAGAUCAAGAGAGCAAACAAGACAAAAAUUCUACGAAUGGCGAUAACAAUGAAAAGGAUCACUUUAAAAUUUUCAAUUUCAACACAUGGUUGAACAUGUUUGGAAUUUGCUCUCUUCCCUAUUUCGCAUGGAUGGCGUAUUACUAUUUCAAAAGACUAUCAUUGUCGAAUAAUGAAGAUUUGAAAUUGUUGUUGAACGAGACGUUUAUAAAACCGAAUGAGCAAGACAGAGUAUUGGAUCUUUUGAAAGAAAUUUUGUCUCUUGUCAAGGCACAUCAGUAUAUUGAGGAUUUUUUCAAUGUCAACUUUACCAACAACAUUUAUUCUCUGGCUUGUUCGAACAAUAGUGACCUCAGUGAAUGUGCCCUCGAAAUUUUGUCAUGUAUUUUUCAAAAACGAUCCUCUCCCAAAUUGUCUGAAGAGUUUUUCAUGGCCUCCACUCAAAGACCUGAAUUUAAUAUCAUUGAGAUGACCUUAAACAUUUUGAGAGAGAAUUAUUCUAAAUUGAAUUUCAAGGAAGCAUGGAUGGUGACAAAUUCACAACUUCCAUCGACCUCUUCCAACAAGCAGCGUCUGAACAAAAAGGAACAGAUUGCAUUGGACAUGCUCAAUAAUGUCUUCUCCAACAAGUAUUUAUUGGAACACCUUCUUAAAGAGGAUGGAGAAAACAUUUCGACCAAUAUUUAUGCUCAUCAUCUCACCACGCUCUUCAAGAGUGAACAUGCGCUCGAUAAAUGCAUUGCAACAUUGUGUGUGAGUCGAAUGGUUCAAACAUUGGAAAGCAACCAGUCUGGAGCAAUUAAUCCCACAUCAUUGACGACAUCUCAAUUGCUUCAUUCCAAUCCAGUCAAGAGCAUGAUUGAGUCAUCACUAAACACCUCAAUGCCAGAUUAUGAUUUCAGAGAUCAAGUUCGCGUAUUGGAAGAUCGAAUGAACAUGACUAUCAAUGGUAAAACAAGUGCAUCGUUAUCUUCUUCCACACAAAAUUGGCUUAAUCCAGAUUAUUCCAAUAAUCAACACAUGUUCGUAAAAGCUCUUAUAUUAAGUUCUGCUUUUGCAUUUUUCAUUCAUGCCAAACGUCCAAAGUCAUUGAAAUUAUUAACCAUUUCCAAAACCAUGAUUCGUGCAUUCAUAUUAUUUUCCUACACCGUUGUCAUUGGAAAUUAUAGACCCAAUUAUCAAUCACAAUCAGAACAAACCCAUCUCAAAAACAACUCUCUUCCAUUAAGAGAAUAUAUUCAAAAGUGGAACCAAGAUCAAUUGGGAUAUUAUUUUGGUGAUGUCAUGCUUUUCUUGUUUAUGUAUGGAUUUGUGAGAAAUUGGUUUGCAUUCCUUCCAUUCCCUCUUAUUCUCUAUUAA